AUGGCAAAGGAGGGCAUCGGCCAAGUGAUAUCGUGGUACAUCUGUACCGUUGCGGCCGUCCUGUUCCUAGUCGCUCGACUGUCUACUCGCUACCAGAGACUCAGGUUGCUGGGCACUGACGAUGGACUCAUUACUUUGGCAGCAUGCUGUCUGAUCGGGGACCUGAUAAUUCAACAGUAUAUGUGGAAUCUGGGUAUGGCUGAAAUUCCCAAGGCGAGCCGAGAAGAAUUCAUCCAAAUAAUGAAGGUGAUUGAUAUCGCGGCACGACACCAUGGGCCACAUUCGCUGAUGAGAAACAAAGAUGGUUGUCCCUGGAUCGAUUCUAUAUGUCACAUCAUUAUGGGCAGUCAAAAUCGCCAUGAUAAAUGCGAUCCUCGCCAGGAAGACAUUAAUUAUUGGUUAACAGUUCUUUUCAAUAUUGUCACUGACGUGAUUAUUAUUAGCUUACCCAUCUCAAUGGUCCUUAAGCUACAGAUGAAGCUGAAGCUGAAGCUUGGCGUCAUUGCCAUCUUUGCACUGGGCUUUUUUGUAGUCAUUGCGAGCAGCCCCGCCUCGUCUGUCGGGACGAAAUCAAAUCGAGGACAUUACGAACUGUCGUCGGGUGGCCACCACCGGUCCUGGAGAACAGAUCGCGGGCGCAACACGACGGAUGUCAUGGGAGGCACGCGAAACAAGGACAACUCCUCGGAGGAUAACUUGGUCAAUGAUUUGGGUGCGCCUGUGGCUUCCGAAGGAGCUUCAACGAAUGGUAAAAACGGCGAGAUCAAAGUAAACACAACAUUUCAAGUGCACUAUGGAAGGAACGAAGAGGCGGGACAUCAUUCGACGAAGCACAACCAAUUUUGA